AUGCCACCGCAGAAACAAGUGCCAAAGAAGGCGCCGUCGCCACUUGAUUCCGAGUACAAGGCCAUUGCUGCCCAGUUCGACGCAGCAAAACGCGCCAAAGAGGCUGAAGAUGCAAAACGCGCCGAGGCAGUCGAGGACAUCAAUGAGCGCGAGCAGCGUCUGGCUCGCCUCAAUGCGGCGCGAAAAGCCGGGUACCAGUCGCGAUGGCUGUGGACGACGGGAUUUUGGCUCUGGAUGCUCUUCGUGCAUCUCGUGGGUCUUGGCUAUUUUAUCAGCGGCUUCUUAUUGACCAGACUUGUCCUAGAGGGAAAGUCGAGCUGUGAGGUGUCGCCAACAGCGGAUUCGAGCACUUCCGAUUUGCUGCCCGCCUGGAAGGGUAAGGGCACGGUCAAUGGCGGUUGCUGGCACCCAAAGACGUUUGAACGCGCAGUGGUGAUCGUGAUCGAUGCUCUGCGCUACGAUUUUACGGUUCCGGCGAACGACAGCGCGGCAUUCCAUAACGCGUUCCCGUUCCUGUACGAGACGGCCGUCAAGGAACCCAAAAAAGCCUUUCUGCGCCCCUUCAUUGCCGAUCCUCCGACGUCUACGUUACAAAGGUUAAAGGGUCUGACUACCGGUACCCUGCCAACUUUUGUCGACAUCGGAAAUAGCUUCUCAGGAACGGCUAUUGACGAGGACAACCUAUUGAUGCAGCUCCGGAAUGCUGGCAAGCGCAUUGUGCAUCUCGGCGAUGACACGUGGGAGUCGCUGUUCCCCGGCUAUUUUUUGGGGAACUUAAGCAAGGCCUAUGACAGCUUCAAUGUAUGGGACUUGCACACCGUGGACAACGGCGUCAUGGAGCAUAUCUUCCCCCUCAUGGAAAAGAAGGACCAGUGGGACUUCCUCGUUGGACACUGUCUCGGGGUAGAUCAUGCUGGCCACAGAUACGGGCCUGAUCACCCAGAGAUGACCAAAAAACUACGCCAGAUGGACAAGUUUAUCCGGGAUCUUGCGGCGACUAUUGAUGACAAAACUCUUUUGGUCGUGAUGGGCGAUCACGGCAUGGAUGGAAAGGGCGACCACGGCGGAGAGAGUGACGAUGAAAUCGAGGCUGCGCUGUGGAUGUACUCUCCAAAGGGUAUCUUUGGCAGAACCAAGCCAGAAUACGCCAUGCCGCCUGCGACAGCAAAAAUUCAUCCUGUCAACCAGAUCGACCUCGUCCCCACAUUAUCCUUGCUGCUCGGCAUCCCCAUUCCCUUUAACAACCUGGGACGGCCAAUUGAGGAGGCCUUUGCUGGUGCGGCUGGUAAUGCCUGGGCCAACCUUGCUGCGGCCGAGAGAGUUACGGCCGCUGGCAUCAAGCGUUACCAGUCAGCCUAUUUCAACGCCCGCGGUAUCCAGCAGUCCACCGAGCCUGGCUCUGCAGUUGAUCUGUGGGAAAAAGCCGAAGCUUUAGUUGCUGCCGGCGGAAAGAAGGACUGGUCUGCCAUUUGGUCAGCUUUCGUCGCCUAUCAGGAGACAACUUUACAGCAGUGCAAGGCUCUAUGGGCCCGAUUCAAUGUCAAAAAUAUGGUCAUCGGUAUCGCCAUCAUGGCCCUCGGGGUCAUUACCUUGUUGAUCUAUGUUUCGAAGGACGAGGAUGACGAUGUUAUCGAUGACCCGGAGCUUGAUCUUGCAGAGGCGACCCUCCAGCUUCAAGGUGUGAAGGCCGGAAAGGCCGACACGGAUGUCGUUGAUGUCGACUGCCUCGAGAAACGCUUGACAUUCUCGGCGUUGCUUGGGGCCCUGCCUUGCUUCUUUGGCGGCCUUCUUCAUUCUUAUGUUUCGGGAGCUGGGGACUGGUACCGCGGCUCGGCUCUUGCUGCUUUCACUAGCAUGGCGACAGUUCUGGCGUCCAUGUAUGAUGCCCAAGAGACUCUGUUCAGGAAUAUUUUCCCUAAUACUAUCUGGGGCUGGAUGGCAUUCGUCUUCACGGUUAGCCAAUCAGCCGGUUUUGCUUCCAACUCGUAUACCAUCUGGGAAGACUCCAUCCUGCUGUUCUUUAUCACGACCUUUGGCGUCGUCUCGAUCCUGGCAGCUUUCCGGUUACCUUCUCGCGCUGAUCGUUACUUGAGUGUUUACCACUCGGUUGUUUUCAUCGUUCUCGGCCGCGUCGCCUCUUACUCUAAGCUCUGUCGUGAGGAGCAGAUGCCUUACUGCACCUCAACCUACUAUGCAUCCGCCACUUCUUCGACCUCAGCUCCGUGGCAGCUGAUCAUCCCCUUUGUCGUCUCCGUUAUCCUCCCCUCUAUUAUCAAGAGCUACCUUCAGAACACCCGUUCAUACGAGGGUCUCGCUCCGCAAUGGGUUGGCUAUGUCUUCCGUACCGGCUUGUUUAUGUGCGGGCUCUAUUGGUUUCUCGACGCCGCUGACAGCGGUGGCUGGCUUCCCGGCUUGCCCCAGCAAACCCUCAAGAGCGUCACCGUCUAUACCGCCCAGAUGAUCCUCGGUCUCGCUCUCAUCGCUGGCACAACCGCCUUCGUUUGGGCCCCGCCCUGCGUUUCUGUUGUAACGACGGCCAACCGCUCGCAGCCUACCAAAGCACAGGUCGCCAUCCUCGGCUACGGCAACGCCCACGGCGCGCGGUACCUGCUUUUGCCGCUCAACCUCCUGGCUGCCUGCAUCCUGCUUUCUAAGCCCAUGGGCGGCGGCGCGCUAGCGCUCAUGAUCUGGCAGGUUCUCUCGCUCCUCGAGAUCCUCGACCUCAACCAAUUGUCCACGUCUCCCAUCGGCCCCGUCAUGCUUGCCGUCCUGGGCACCUUCCACUUCUUCAAGACUGGCCACCAGGCCGUCUUGUCCACUAUCCAAUGGGAUUCGGCUUUUAUCGCCCUCUUCACCGUGCGCUACCCGUGGAGCCCGCUACUCGUCACGCUCAACACCUUCGCCGGCCCGAUUCUUGCGGCAACCGCCGUCCCGCUGCUCGUUCUUUGGAAGGCAGGUCCCAAGAAGAAGGGCUUGCUCGAGGCAGUCAGCCGGCGCGCGCUAGGUAGUUUUGUCGCGUACUAUGCCACUGAGAGCUUGGCUACCAUGGCUUGGGCGGGCCAUCUGAGGAGACACCUGAUGUUGUAUCGCGUGUUUAACCCCAGAUUCAUGACAGCUGCAGCUCUGUUGCUUGUUGUGGAUCUCGUUGGCAUUGUGGUAAGCUUGGCUGGCGUUAGAGUCAAUACCAUGGCGGUGAGCGAGGUCUUUGGGUGGGCCGAGUGA